AUGAUGAUCAGAUUUGUGGUCUCUUCAAUCCUGAUUAUUGCCUCGAGCGUAUUUGCUGAUAUCAAGCUGCAAGAAAACGUAGAGCUGACCCCCGAAGAGUACGUGAAUGAGAGUCUUAGAGAUUGGGAUGCUCUGCUAAGACUGAAUGCCAUGCAGUCCAGUGCCAAUCUGCGAUCCUUGGGUCGGAAAUGCCAUCAACAAAUGCACCCUCAGGCGAGCAAAUGGAGAAAAGACCAAUAUAGGUCCCUUCGGAAUGUCUUCCCUGCCUUCACGGACAGCAACUUCCGCAGC